CAAUUGUUAUUGUCACGGUCGGUUGCUAUUUGGCUGUUUCACGUUAAGUUGCGCGUCGAUGAAAAGUACCCAAAGUGCCAGCGUGUGUUAUGUUGUGUGUGUCAGCUGUAGUGAUGUAGCGCAGUAGUGUAAACGUCUGCAUUCCGCCUUGCAUUGCACCUGGGGCGACAAUCGUCGCGAGCAGGGCGGUGUUGCGAAAAGAACGACCAUGGCCGUCGAACAAAUUCCCGAGGACGUGGAAGCGGCCGGCGGCGGUGACAAAAGCUCGAGCAGCAACCCGCUCAGUCGCAAACUCAACAAACUGCUCGAGGCUCGACUGGAAAAUGACCGUGAGACCCUUGAGGCCCUGCGGUCCCUGUCCGAGUUCUUCACGGACAACAACAUUCGCACACGCCGGCGCUUGCGAGGCGAUCUUGAGAAGCGGAGCUUGGCCAUCAACGAGGAAUUCGUCCAGUCUUUCAGCGACCUUAAGGCAUCCAUGAGUGCUCUGUCUGAGGACAUUACAGCCAUGGCCGAGGGGUGCGCAGGCAUGGUAGAGCGCUUGCACUCUGUAAAGCGCGACACGCGCGAUCUUCUUGCCCGCACGGGCCAGCUACGAGCUGAGGCACGGCGUUUGGAAGGGCGGCAGCAGGCAGCACAGGGCUUCCUAGCAGCAUUUCAGCCUUCACCUGAGCAGGCAGCCCUGCUCCGGGGCACAGGAGGCCCCAUCGGGCGGGACCAGCUGGACGAGCGAUUCUUGGAUGCGCUGGCCCAGAGUAGGCGCAUGCAUGACCACUGCAAGCUGCUGCUGCGAAGCAGCCGAGCCCAGGCCGGGCUGCAACUCAUGGAGUCACUCGCCGCCCAGCAAGAGGCGGCAUAUGAACGCCUGUAUCGCUGGCUCCAGAACCGGUGCCGAGUUCUCGGCGCUGAUGCUGCGGCCGAACCGGGUCCUCUGUUGGCUCGUGCCUUUGGGGCACUGCGCGAGCGCCCCCUGCUCUGGGGCUAUGCGCUGGACGAGUAUGCCAAUGCACGGCGUGCCUGUGUUGUGCGGCACCUCAUUGAUGCUCUCACCCGCGGUACUGGUGGUGCGGGUGGAACUGGAGGCUCCAGGCCUCUCGAGUCCCUGGCAAAGGACCCACUCCGCUAUGCUGGAGACAUGCUGGCCUGGGCACACCAGUGUGCCGCAUCUGAGCGGGAGCUCUUGGAGCAGCUGCUUGCACAGUGUGGCGGGCUGCGUGGAAGUGGCGGUGGUGGAGAAGCAGCCCUAGACCACAUCCUGGCUGGCCUGUGCUCCCCGCUACGCCUGCGCCUCGAGCAGCUGGCCGUUGGGGAGAGCAGCCCGCUGGUGCUGUGCCGGCUGCGGUCGGUGGUGCGCUUUUACGCGACCACCCUGGGCACGGGUACUGCGCUGGCCAUCUGUCUGGACGAGGUCGGUGCACUGGCGCACAAGAUGUUCCUCAACAGCCUCACCUGCCACUGCACACGGCUCCUCGACAAGGCGGAGCUGCCCCCAGGCGACCUGGGUGCGCCCCCUUUUCUACAGCAGCUGCUGUCACUGGUGCGUGAGCUCCUGUCAACGCGCGAUGGCUCCCUCGCGCCUGUCGACCAGAGGCAGAAGGACCUGCCCGACAUACUUGCUCAGGUUCUGGAGCCGGCAUUGGCGGCGUGUGAACAGCUGUCGAGCAGGCUUGCCCCUGCUGACAGAUCAGUUCACCUCCUCAAUUGUCUGCAACUUGCUCAGGCUGGGCUGGCUGUGCUCGAAAUGACGGAACCAUGGCUGGAAGAGCUUGAGGCACGCCAGAAGCCCCACAUCGACUGCCUCAUUGAGGAACAACUGGAGCACUUUGUGAGUCGGCUGGGCAGUGCCUUGGCCGAGGACCCAUCUCGCAGUGGCAGCAUUGUGCCGCUGCCAGAGCCACUGUCGCUGCAAGCGCUGAGCCAGGGCCUGGCCGAGCUGUGCGAGCAGCCAGAGACCUGGGGCACGCUGCCGCCGCUGGCGCUGCUGGUGGGGCGCCAGCGGCAGCAGACAGUGCGCCGUGCUGCCCUGGACAAGCUGUGGCACCGCUACGCCCAGCUGCACAUGCGGGUCUACGCUGCUUCAGAUAGGGACCUGGCCGAGAGGCUGUCCCUGGCACCAGACACCCUACGGGAGGCACUGCUGCUGCCGCCCCUCACCCAGCAGGAAGAGGAACAAGAUGGCGGAGGAGGCCAGGAGGCUUCGUCAUCCACGUAGUUACUGCCGCCUCUCCUUGUGUCAUGAUUGACAAUGGUUCUUGUGACUGAGGAAUAGCUCUCUGUUGGUUUUGAUCCCACCAGGUCAGUCAGUUGCUUUGUGGCUUGUGGAUUGGGCUACACUUCACAAAAGUUGGCACGUGGGCUUGUUGGUAUCCGUAAUAAUUAACUGUACAGAGUGGAAAGGACAGGGCCAAAGCAGAGGGGACAAAGAACAGUGCUGAUUGUCAUCCCCUCUGCCUUCGUCCUAUCCUUUCCGCACUGUGAAGUAAAUUAUGCCAAGCUUCACUUUGAUAGGUGUCAGUAUUAAGUUUAUGUCCAUUAUUCUUCCCAUGGCCCCGUGGUAGGGUUGGUGUCUUGUAGUGCGCUCAGUUUUACUCUGAUGACAAGUGUGCUGCACUAGCUAGUAGCAGCACCUGCAUAGUGUGUGACCAGACACAUCCAACCAGCAAACCAUGCUUGGAACUAGGGACUUGCAAUGUGCACUACACUGAAGGAGCACUGGUCAUUGCAAAACGUGGAGCACCCUGGACACCUCCUGGCAUCUGACAAAACCCGUGCCCACAGCGUGCCACUGACUGCUUAGGAUGCUGCUACCAGUAGCACAAGCAUGCCACCGAUGAAGGGAUCAUAAUUUUAAAAGUCGCAGUAGAUACAGCAGAGAAACUAAAGUUGGAAUGACGCUAAUAAUGUUAGGGUUUCCAGUGGUGGGUUCGUGAAAGUUGAAAUAAAUUUCGGCAAACUUAUUUUGUUAAAAGUUUUGUUAUUGCUACAGAAUUCAAGCACUCCUCAUAGCAAAUUGUGUACUUGUAAGCACAUGCGAACACAGCUUGACAUUACAAGGUGCACAGACAGCCUCGGAAGUUUUUUUGUGCAGUGUGUGAUAUCGCAGUGUACAGAGGCUACCAGGUGCACUGCUGUUGAGGACCCUUAAUGCUGUCUCUUCCUAAUGUUAUACACUGAGUGUAUGGAAGUGAGCAGCUAAAAAUCAUAUCUCUGCAA